GAAAACGUUCAAAAUGCAAGUUUAUUAAAUUUAUUAACUUAAGAGUAUAUUAGAAGUAACAAGCUUUGACGGAUCUUAUUUUUACCAAUGAUGCCUAUCAAAAAAAUAGAUUGAUCAAACUUUAUAAAAAAUUUUCAUUAGAUGUCUAAAGUUAUUGCUGUUUUUGGCGCCACAGGUAAACAAGGAGGCUCUGUACUUCGCUCGUUAGUAAAAACAGAUCGCUAUCGUGUAAGAGCUGUGACUAGAAACAGCAGUUCAGAGAAAGCAAAAGAGCUUUCUAAUCUAAAAAAUGUUGUGGUAGUUGAAGCUGAUUUAGAUAAUAAAGAUAGUUUGGAUGUUGUUCUUAAAGGUUGCUACGGUGUAUUUUUUGUAACAGACUUCACCGCUCACUUUGUAAAAAACAAAGAAGUUGACCAAGGUAUUAAUUUAAUUAAUAAAGCAAUAAUAAAUAACGUCAAACACAUUGUCUUCAGUGGAUUGGAGAAUGUCGAGUCACAGAUCAAUGAACCUUGUUUACAUUUUGAUUACAAAGCAGCUAUCGAGGAUUACGGUAUGAAACAAAAAGACAAACUAAAUUUCACUUCAGUUCGAAUGCCUAUGUACUAUCAAGAAGUAGUUAGUUCGGUUUUAAACAAAGCGUUUGGAAAUCGAUUUUUAUUGAACAUACCAAUGGAUUCAGGCAAAAAGCUUUACAUAAUGAAUGUUGAGGAUAUUGGGAAUUGUGUAGCAAGUGUGUUUUCAGAUCCUGAACAGUACAAAUCACAAAAAAUAGGUCUUUGUGGAGAUUUUCUUAAAGUUUCUGAUAUAGUUCUGCUUUUGAAUCAAGAGUUAUCGCCGCUUAAAAUUUACUUUCCAGGUGGCUGGUUUAAUAGAGUUCUUUUUAGAAACAUUCUAAGGUUCCCAGGUGUUAAAGAUCUUCAAAUAAUGUUUGAAUAUUUCAAUCUUCAAAUUAUGAAGCGUGACCCAGAUUUGACAAAAAAACUAAACCCAGAAGUUGUCAAUUUUGCUACUUGGCUUAAUAAAAAUCGCAAUGAA